AUGUCGACGCCAAAACGCAAAAGAGUCGUUAUUUCUCUUCAAAAAAAGUUGGAGGCACUAGAGAGAAUACGUAAAGGUGAAUCAUUGAAGAAACUAGCAUCUGAAUUAGGAGUUGGAGAAAACACAGUUGGUGAUUGGAAGCGAAACCGCAAUAAACUAGAGCAGUGGAAGGAGAAAACAUCAUCAACCGGGACAUCAUCGCUAAUUGAACGAAAAUCCAUGAAAUCAAGUGACUAUGAAAAAUUGGGAGAUGCGUUAUUUUUAUGGUUUACACAACAGCGUGAUAAGGGAGCUCCGAUCUCUGGACCAAUUCUACAAGCGAAAGCAUUAUCACUGCGCACUCUUUUCCCGGAGGAAACGAAACAAUUCACAGCAAGCCAAGGCUGGCUCGAUAGAUGGAAAAAGAGGCAUGAUAUACGUCAGCUCAAUAUUUGUGGUGAGAAGCUAUCUGCAGACAGCUCUGCCGUGAUAACAUUUAAAGAAAAAAUUCAACAAAAAAUAAACAACGAUGGAUACAGCCCAGAUCAAAUUUUUAACUGUGAUGAGACUGGCCUAAAUUACAAACUUUUGCCAGCCAAAACCCUAGCAUCACGUCAAGAAACAUCAGCUCCUGGUUACAAACGUAGCAAAGAAAGG